AUGAGCGAGAACAGCCCCUUCCCAUGCUCCGACGCAGAUGACUGCGAGCCGCAUUCCUCGGGCGCGCAGCCGGCCGCGCUGGCCCGCAGCGAUGAGGAAGAGCAGCCCAGCCAGCCUCCGCAGCCUGCCAGCGGGAGAGCCAGCCCCUGGGAUGAUGCUCAGCCCUCCCAGGGAGCGGAGGGGGAGUGUGGACGCCAGGGGGACGAACAUCUGGAAACGGCGGCGGAGGCGAGCGAGAGCGUGGAUUUGGGGGAGAGGGACUCCCCCACCCAAGAGAUACGUGGCGAGCCCCUCAGCAGGGAACGGUGGCACAGCAUCCUGGGGUCCUCAGAAGCGCUGAGUGCUGACGAGGCAGAGGAGCAGCUCGGGUUUGCUUCUGGAGAUGCCAAGCUGAGCUGCAGCGAGGAUGACAAGGAACAUUUUCAGUUCAAAGACAUCAGGGAUGGAUUCAGCUCAACCUUUGAGAAGAUCGUGGAGUCUGACCUCAUGAAAGGUACCUACUACAGCAGCUUGGACUCUUUGGACGUCCUCUCUCUCACAGACGAGACAGACAGCUGUGUCAGCUUUGAGGCCCCGCUCACCCCAUUGAUCCAGCAAAGGGCCAAGGAAAGCCCAGAGCUCUUGGAGCAGAAACUGGUGGCCCAGCAGAGAGAAGCCCUUCACCAGAUGGCUGCUGAUAAGCAAGAGCAGGCAGCGGCCAAGCCAGCGGAGGGGGAUUUUGGCAGCCCUCUCAGGCACUCAAUUACCAGCAGCAGGUCAGAGAAUGUGCUGAGCAGGUUGUCCUUGAAGAGUAUCCCAAAUGGCUUCCAUGUGGAGGGGUCGGAGGAAGAUGCCACCAAGAUCAUUAACUCCAUCAGCGACGCCAGCUUGAAAGACGCCCUCUCAGACUCUGACUCCGACAUGGGCAGCACGGAGCAGCUUGACCAGGGCAGCACAGAUACCUUGGCCAACGGCUGCAGAGCAGAUAGUGAAGCUGCCAAGAGGUUGGCCAAGCGCCUCUACAACCUGGAAGGGUUCAAGCGCUGCGAUGUGGCACGCCAGCUUGGGAAAAAUAACGAAUUUAGCAAGUUGGUAGCAGAGGAGUAUCUCAGCUUCUUUGACUUCACGGGCCUGACCCUUGACAAAGCACUCAGGACGUUCUUGAAAGCCUUCCCACUGAUGGGAGAGACACAGGAGCGGGAGCGGGUACUAAUUCAUUUCUCCAGGCGAUACUGCCAGUGCAACCCAGAGGAGAGCACAUCCGAAGAUGGGAUCCAUACGCUCACCUGUGCCCUGAUGCUGCUAAACACAGACCUUCAUGGCCAUAAUAUUGGCAAAAAGAUGUCGUGCCAACAGUUCAUAGCAAACCUGGACGGGCUGAAUGAUGGGAAGGACUUUGCAAAGGAUCUGCUGAAGACACUAUAUAACUCCAUCAAGAAUGAGAAGCUGGAAUGGGCCAUCGAUGAGGACGAGCUGAGGAAAUCCCUCUCGGAGCUGGUAGAUGACAAAUUCGGAGCCAGCGCGAAGAAAGUGACGAGGAUUGUUGACAGCAGCAACCCCUUCCUGGACAUCCCCCAGGCGCUGAACGCAGUCACGUACAAGCACGGCGUCCUCACGCGCAAAACUCAUGCAGACAUGGAUGGGAAGAGAACUCCCAGAGGAAGAAGAGGUUGGAAGAAAUUUUAUGCUGUGCUUAAAGGGACCGUCCUUUAUUUACAAAAGGACGAAUAUAAACCUGACAAGGACCUCUCUGAAGUGGAUCUGAAGAACGCCAUCCGAGUGCACCACGCCUUAGCCACGAAAGCCUCUGACUACAGCAAGAAGUCCAACGUGCUGAAGCUGAAGACGGCCGACUGGAGAGUCUUCCUCUUCCAGGCCCCAAGUAAGGAAGAGAUGCUCUCCUGGAUCCUGAGGAUCAACCUUGUCGCUGCCAUCUUCUCUGCCCCAGCCUUCCCAGCUGCCAUCUGCUCCAUGAAGAAGUUCUGCCGCCCGCUGCUGCCUUCGUCCAUGACCAAGCUGUGCCAGGAGGAACAGCUGAGGUCUCAUGAAAAUAAAAUGAAGCAGAUUGCAGACGAAUUAGCAGAGCAUAAAUUGCAUCCUGUGGAGAAGAGCCUCAAGUCAAAGGAGGCUGAGGAAUACAGGCUUAAAGAGCACUACCUAAUAUUUGAGGCUUUCCACUCUCUUCAAAAAAAAAAAAGCCGCUAUGAGACGUACAUCAACCUGCUGUGCAUGAAGAUCAAAGUCGGCACGGACGACCUGGAGAGGAUCGAAACCAGUUUCUUCAAGGUGGAAGCGGAUGACAUUGCUUUGCGGAAGACUCAUUCAAGCCCUUCCCUGAGCCAAGGGCACAUGUCCCUCAGCUGUAAGGCGGCAAAGGACAUUUUAGAGCAGAACACUUAA